AUGUCCAUCAUCCAGCAGCACACUGCCGAGUCGCUCAGCGACGCCUGGCGCACCAUCAACAUCGACGCCCUGCAGGAGGACUCGCCGCUCAACUUCGACACGUCGACGCUGCGCCCGCCCCAGCCCGAGAUCGACGAGGCCGAGGUCCGCGGCCUGGCGGGCCAGGUCAGGCAGCUGCUCCGCGGCGGUGACGCCGAGGGCGCGCUGAGGGGGUGCUUGGAGUUUCCGGUCUACAACGGCGCCGACGCGGCCAAGGACGCCCACCUCGCGACCAUCACCGAGGUCCUCCAGUCCAUCAAGGCCUCCGAGAUGACGCCGCUGCUCAAGUCCAUCUACGGCUCCCCCGGCGGCCCGGAGCUGCUCGACGUGCUGAUGAAGUACAUCUACAAGGGCAUGGCGGGCUCCUCGGGCGGUUCGGGGCUCAGGUCGCCGCCGCCGUCGCAGGCCGCGGCGCCCGGCGGGUUCAGCCAGAUCGGGGGACGACCGGGCGGCGCGAACGAGAACGUCGGCAGCGCGAUGAGCGUGAUGCUCAGCUGGCACGAGAAGGUCGUCGACGUGGCCGGGCUGGGAUCGAUUGGUCGUGUCAUGACGGAUUGGAGACGGGUUUGA